GGGUGACGCGAUGAGCUCGUUUUCUUUUAAGCUUGCCUGUUGCAGCUCCCAGCGAGUGGCUGUGCGGAUCCGAGACGAUGUGUUGUAUGGAGUGAGUGAGUGAGUGAGUGUGAGAGAGAGAGAGAGAAACUGUGGCUCUCUCUCUCUCUCUCUCUCUCUCACUGACUGACUGACUGCUUCUGCUCCCUUCUCCCUCUCUCUCUCUCCUUCCCCCUUUCUGAGUCUGUGUCUCACUUUUUUUCCCCCCUCUCUCUCUCUCCUUAUUUACCCGCUCCGCCAGCCCGAAGCCCCGACGUAGUUUGCAUGAAAACGCCGCCCGGCCGCCGCGCAGCCACCUUGGAAGGAGUUGGGGAUCUGUCGGGCUAACUCUGACCAGCAUGCCGCGAAGGAAGCAGCAAGCGCCCCGGCGCUCCGCAGAGUGCAGUUUCAUGGGUGACUCCAACAGUGAUUGUUGGAUGGUGAUAAAGAGCUGGAGGUUUUACCAAUUUUACCAGCUAAACCAGCAGGGCUGUAGCCCACUGCAGACCAUUUUCCUUCUUCAUGGCCAAGAUCAGCCUACAUUUCAGACGAAUUGAAGGCAGCAGUAUUAGGGGACGAAGAAACUGAAGCCAAUGAGUCUGGAGCUGAUGGAGAAUCAUCUUCAAAGUACACAUGCAACGAACAGGAAUUUAACAAGGAAUCGCCUAGCUACCAGGACUCUCCAGCUGCUGAAUUUUCUGGCCAGGAGAUGGACAGCACCUCUCAUGUCAGUGAAACCAGUGAUCGAUUGGCUGACUUUGAGAACAACUCUAUAAAGAAUGAAGAUGAAGGCAAGGAGGUUGGUGGCCUUCCCGAGGAAGGAGUACAGGACAGUUUAGAACAAAUGAAAGCAAUAUACAACAACAUACUAUCAAAUUCCUACUGGUCAUCUCUGAGUUUGGGCUUGAACCAGCCAAGUGAGCCAGCAACAAAUGGCGGCAGCAGUAGUAGUAGUAGCAGUAGUAGUAGCAGCAGCAGUUGUGGAAGUGGGAGCUUUGACUGGCAUCAGUCUGCCAUGUCAAAGACAUUGCAGCAAGUCUCUCAGACCAAGAUGAUUCAGGAGCCAAGCCUCUUCAGCACAGUACAAUUGUACAGGCAAAGCAGUAAGCUCUAUGGGUCCAUAUUUACAGGGGCAAGCAAAUUCCGCUGUAAAGACUGCAGUGCUGCUUAUGACUCCUUGGUGGAGUUGACUGUGCACAUGAAUGAAACUGGACACUAUCGAGAUGAAAAUAAUGAAACUGACAAUAACAAUCCUAAAAAAUGGUCCAAGCCUCGCAAACGUUCUUUACUGGAGAUGGAGGGAAAGGAGGAUGCUCAAAAGGUGCUAAAGUGUAUGUACUGUGGCCAUUCAUUUGAGUCCCUUCAAGACUUAAGUGUCCACAUGAUCAAAACAAAACACUAUCAGAAAGUGCCUCUGAAGGAACCUGUAGCACCAAUCUCCACAAAGGUCCUCCCCUCCACCAGAAAAAGGGCGAUGCUUGAGCUUGAGCUGCCAAGUUCUCCAGAUUCCCCAGGCGGUACGCCAAAAACUUCUCUCUCUGACACAAGUGAUGCAGUACAGAAGUCCUCAAACCCUUAUGUCACACCAAAUAAUCGCUAUGGACACCAGAACGGCGCCAGCUAUGCCUGGCAGUUUGAGGCGAGAAAGUCUCAAAUCCUCAAGUGUAUGGAGUGUGGGAGUUCACACGACACGUUGCAGGAACUGACUACACAUAUGAUGGUCACUGGACAUUUUGUAAAAGUGACCAAUUCUGCAAUCAAGAAGGGGAAGCAGAUUGUUGAGGCACCCCAGACUCCAACACCAACACCCGUGUCAGCCAUCUUAGAAGAUAAAGUACAAUCUGUUCCCCUAGCUGCAAGCGCUUUCACGUCAUCAUUAAGUACCCCGGCCAGCGUUUCACCAAAAUUAAAUAUUGAAGUGAAAAGGGAAGUAGAAAAACAAAUUGAAAGUGAUGAGGACAAAGUGAAAGAAAAAGAUAAAAGCUGUGAUGAUGAUGAAAAGUAUGACAUAUCCUCAAAGUAUCAGUAUCUGACUGAAGAAGAUCUGGAAGAAAAUCCUAAAGGAGGCCUAGACAUCCUAAAAUCUCUAGAAAACACAGUGACCUCUGCUAUUAAUAAAGCUCAGAAUGGGACUCCAAGUUGGAGUGGCUAUCCUAGCAUUCAUGCAGCAUAUCAGCUUCCUAGCAUAAUGAAGUUACCAUUUGGUUCAUCAGGGAAGAAUACACAAUUGAAGUCUGCACAUAGCAACAUUGAUAGUAUGGCAUCUCCAAAGAGCCAACCACUAGUUUCACCACCUAGUAGCCAGAGUUCCCCUGUACCCAAGAACAAUUUCCACGCUAUGGAAGAGCUAGUGAAGAAAGUCACAGAGAAGGUAACCAAAAGUGAAGAAAAAACUAAAGAUUCAGAAAACAAGUUAUCUCGACUGAAGCAUGAAACACCUUCUCCAUGUGAUAGUGAAGCAGGAGAGGAACAAAAAAGCGAAGUUUCAAAAGACCCCAGUCCUAAAAGCCACGACAAUAUUUCCAACCACCAGAAAGACCCGUUGAAAGAGAACACAGCCAAGGAUCAUUUAGAGAAUGGCACAGAGGCCUUAAAACUCACUACAAAUAGUCUGUGCACUAGCACAGCUAUUAUUACAGACCACCCUCCUGAACAACCUUUUGUAAAUCCAUUAAGUGCAUUGCAAUCCGUUAUGAAUGUUCACCUAGGGAAAGCGGCUAAACCUGCACUGCCUACCCUGGACCCCAUGAGCAUGCUUUACAAAAUGAGUAACAGCUUGGCAGAAAAGGCUGCUGUGGCCACACCAAUUUUGCCAGCCAAAAAACCAGAAUCCAUAGAUCGUUAUUACUAUCAUGUCAGCAGUGACCAGCCCAUUGAUUUGACGAAAGCCAAGAGUGACAAAAGUGGUUCUUUGGGUUCAGUGCUUUUGUCAUCCAUAUCCCCGUCGUCAACAUCUUCUUCAUCCACUGUGACAACAGCAAAGACAUCUGCAGUCGUGUCAUUCAUGUCAAACUCGCCGCUACGCGAGAAUGCCUUGUCAGAUAUAUCCGAUAUGCUGAAAAACCUGACAGGAAGUCACACAUCAAAAUCUUCUACACCUACAAGCAUUUCAGACAAAUCCGAGGUGGACGGUAGCACUAUGGAGGAGCCAGAGGAGAUUUCUCCAGCUCAGAAACGUAAAGGCCGGCAGUCAAACUGGAACCCACAGCAUUUGCUCAUACUGCAGGCGCAGUUUGCAGCCAGCCUGAGACAAACCACUGAUGGGAAAUUCAUUAUGUCGGACCUCAGCCCACAGGAGAGAAUGCACAUCUCAAGGUUUACAGGGCUCUCCAUGACAACAAUCAGCCACUGGUUAGCCAAUGUCAAGUACCAGCUUCGAAGGACAGGUGGAACAAAAUUUCUUAAAAACUUGGACUCUGGUCAUCCAGUGUUUUUUUGUAAUGAUUGUGCAUCACAGAUCAGAACUCCUUCAACCUACAUUAGUCACUUAGAAUCACAUUUAGGCUUCAGGUUACGAGACUUAUCAAAACUUUCUAGUGAACAAAUAAGCAACCAGAUAACACACGCAAAACUGCCCUCCGAAAAAUCGGUGUUGCCAUCUCAAGACGAUGAGGCUGGGACAACGUUCCAGUGCAAACUUUGUAAUCGGACUUUUGCCAGUAAACAUGCAGUUAAACUGCAUCUCAGUAAAACUCACGGCAAAUCACCAGAGGACCACCUUCUGUAUGUUAUAGAGCUAGAGAAACAGUAGCAUUUACUUUAGUAGCUUGACUAUUGCUUUGAGGACAAAUCUGAAAGAAGCCUUAAAGCUACUGUAACAACUCUUGGCACAUGUUCUUCAUUUACUGCAGAGUAGCACUCUGAUCUGAACUCUUUUAUAUAACUGUACAGUGUUUUAAUGGAAGCACGUAAUCAGCUGUUGUUACUGGCUGAUUACAAGGGUAAAAAUGGUAAGUGUUUGGAAUUUUGUGUAAAUUGGAUUUAGUUGCUGUGUAUCGCUCAGAUGCAUUAAACUGCAUGCGUAAUGGACAAUUUAGUUAAGCAUUUAAUACUGAACCUGGUGCACUUUCUCAUGUGAAUUAAGUGUGCUGGCAUUUCUCAGCCUUUAACCUUUAACCCUCUGAGCACUGCUGAAGCACUUCUGCAUUAAGUUGCAAAAACAAAUUGGCAGCAUUCUUAUUUUUCAGAUCACUGACUGAAAGCCAUUAUUAAAAUAAUGAUCUGCAGCUGUCUUUAUUCAAUUCCAUUGUCAUGAUAUUUGUGCAGAUGAUUUUGCACAAUAUAAUUUUCAGAUGUAUUAUUUAAUGGAAUUAACUACUAUUUACAGAGCUAAAAUGAAUAGUCAAUGCUCAAAGGGUUAAUAAAAUUAGAAAGAAAAACACUUGUACUGUAUUUCUUCAACAAUAAUAUACAAAAUUCUUUCAAAGGGUUUAUGCUAUGAGAUCCUGCUACAAAUGUAAAAAGGCAUUCCAUGAUGUAACCUCCUUUACUUAUUUAUGAGCACUCUCACUUGUUAUUUUAAUGAUCAUCAUGUGUAGAAUGCCUUUGAUUGGUAAGUUUUGUUCUGCCUAAUUAUUCUCCCAUGAUUCCCCACUGCACCUUUAUUUUUUGGCAUAUAAAAGGUAACCCAUGGUUACCAGCACACUGAGUGAGUCUGUUCAUCUCCAUUUUUCAGUUAAUUUGCACAAAUAACUGACAGCUGACACCAUACGAGAAUAUAUGUAUAAAAUAGACAUGUAAACAGCAUCGAUACUGUACUGCACUCUGUGCCCUGUCUUGUUGCUGGAAAUAGAACACCAUUAUGGCUGUUCAUAUAACUUUUUUUUUCCCUUCUGCAACAUUAAAACAUUUUACAAUGAUUUUGUGUUGCUUCCACACAAUUGUCUACAUAUGAGGUGCAACAGGUAAUGAACCCAUUUACACUGAAGGUUACAUGUUCCUGGCUGGAGCUUGAGUGGGUUUAUGGUCCUGUCAGGCAAGGGUUUUGGUUAAAGUAUUAUAAGUCAGAUAACUGCAGCACUUACAGAGAGAUACUUUAGGGGUUAGCACCUUUCACAAGGCCUUAAUUCACAGGUGCGCAUUGAGACCUAGCUGUAACCCCACCCAAGCACUGGCUUGUUCCGACACAUUGUAUAUCUUCCAGCCGCCACAUUUACACAGUAUCUUAAAAUAACAUUUGUGAUAAGUGUGCAAUUUACCUAAUUUAUGGCACUAUGAUGUGCUCAGGGCUACGUUGAAGAUGAAAAUCUUAAAUGGAGCUUGAACAGUGCACUUCACAACAAGAAAUCAAUAUGCCAUGGCUUUAGAGAGCUAUCUGCUAAAGUGAAAUUAGCAGAAGCCAACUACUAAGGAGCAUAGCCCCAAAUCUGUGACCACAGAGUGGUUAUAGUAAACCAAAGUAUAACUUAAUAAAGGAUUGGUAUCUAACAAACAAGACUACCAACAUUUGUGCAUGAAAUCUCAAUUUUUGUAAUAUUAUGUCCUGUACAUAUUGAUCUCAAAGCUUUUGACUGCGGUCCCAGCCAGCUAUCUCUCUUGCAGGCACCACACAAGCUGUAGAUGACAGGGAAGGGGGCCAUGAAUUAUGUUAGAAAAUUGGGCAUUAUAUAAAAAAAAAGUCCACAUUACCCAGCAAGCUUGACUGUGAUAUAAACAAAACAUUUAAUGAAUGGUUCCUCAUUGAGAAACCACGAAGGAGACUAAAACAUCGGGCUCACUUUUAUCAAUAUUCCCCCUUUUUUUGUAUGUGAUAUGUUUUGCUCAAGAAGCAUCAAUGUGUCUGAGAUUUUUUCCCCUUUUCCCCUUUAACAGAAACACUGUACAUACUGGGCAGCUUUCACAAUCAGCUUAACCCUUACAGUGCUAUUCACAGCAUUCGUUGGGACAGCGAUAUGGAACUCCUGCCUAUACAGCAGGGGCAAGAAUUAAACAUUCAAUCCCAUUUUGUAUUUGAUGGACUUUAAAUGGAUUUCUAAUUGUCAUCUGCUUUCCAUGUUUGAAUACAAUGGAUAUAUGUACUGUG